AUGCUCGGAGCGGCGAUUAAAACCGACUGGCAGGGUCGCAUCGCCGCUAUCAACGGCGCGAAAUCCGGCGAGUUGGCGUCUAUUGCGGAGGACGAAAUGGAAGGCGAGAAGGUGAUUGCGAUGGUGGAUGAGACGUUUCAGGUGAUGGGAACAUUCAAUCUGGCGGAUUUUAUUCCUUGGCUCAGCCCUCUAGAUCCGCAGCGCAUCUACGCUCGCGCGAAGCGGCUCAAUCCGCACUUCGAAGGAUAUGUUCUGGCGUGCAUUGCGGAGAGAAAGCGGAUGCUGGAAACGCGGAGGGGGAGAGCGGGGGAACGGGGAGUGGAAGAACGGAACAAGGGCGAAAGGGAUGUGGGACUAGAAAGGUGGCACAAGAAUGAUGGGGAAGGAGGGAAAGGAGAGGGAGGUGAUGUGAAGCUGGGAGGAGAAGAGUCAGUGGCGGAACGAGUUUUGGUAGAUGCAUUGCUGGAAAUCGAGAGCCAAGGGGAGGAAGAGGUAACGGGAAAGGAUAGGGUAACCAGGGAGGAGAUUAUGCUGCUCUGUUUGGAUUUGAUCAAUGCUGGCACCGACACCACUGCCAAGACUGUUGAGUGGGCCCUUGCUGAGCUGGCAAGUCACCCUGCCAUGCUGGAACGGCUCCAAGCUGAGGUGGAUGCCGCAUACUCCAAGUCAGCAGCUGGAUCAGCCACAGAAGUAUCAGCGGAGGAAGAAGCAGCAGGAGAAUGUAAUGUAAAACAGCACAAUGCUAAAUCAUCUCUCCCGGUACAGGAGAUGCCUUACCUCCAAGCAGUGAUUAAGGAAACUCUGAGGCACCACCCCCCAGUACCGCUCCUCAUCCCUCACAUGACAACUGCCAGUGUUUCUAUUGGCGGAUACACCAUCCCUCCCGACACAAUCAUUCAGAUCAACGCCUGGGGUCUCGCUCACGAUCCAACUGUCUGGAUCGACCCCCAUAAUUUUGAUCCCAGCAGGUUUCUCGGCCCAUCGGCCCCUGAUGUGACCGGGCAGGAUUAUGGUGUGCUGCCGUUCGGUUCGGGCAGGCGGGUGUGUGCAGGUAUGAACUUGGGGCUGGACCUUUCACGAUUUGAUUUGAAGCUGCCCGAAGAUGUGUUGGCCGCUGGUGGAAAAUCCUCAGUCACCAUGGCUGCUGGGAAUUCGUUUCCUGGGACGGGCUGGUUCGCCAGCGGGAUCAACACCGCCCAGCACCUUUUCCCCAACGCGACGGCAUCAGGCGGAGACUUCCGCGCAGCGUCAGGCCUCGUCGCAGCCUUUAUCGCAGCAGUCGCGGUUCUCGUUUCCACUUCCUGGCUCUCCUUCCUCCGCCGCCGUCGCUCCCUCCCCCCCGGCCCUUACCCGUGGCCUAUCCUCGGUAACCUCCCGGACCUAGGAACGCUUCCAUUCCGCUCCCUAGCGAAGCUGGCCGACGAGUACGGUCCGAUCCUGACCGUUUGGUUCGGUUCCUCGCCGUCAGUGGUGAUUUCGUCGCCGGAGCUGGCCCUUGAGGUGCUUAAAACGAAUGACAAGCUCUGCUCGUCCCGCCCAAUGAUUCGCACAUUGGAGAUUUUCUCUCUCGGCGGGAAAAAUAUAGUGUUUUCGCAGCCCAACGACCGUUGGCGAAAGUUGCGACGGCUGGCGACGCUUCACCUUCUGUCUGCGAAGAAACUGCAGGAGAGCCUUCUCGUGCGAGAGGAGGAGGUUCGUGACAUGCUCGAUGCGAUCGCUGCUGACGCAAUAACUAAUCCUUCGGAUGUGACUAAAACGGUUGCUGCUACUACUGGAGGAACCGCAAAAUCUGCCGCCGUGGCGGAAGAGGGGAUCAUAGAAGUGCGAAGGUAUUUAAGUCGCGCGACGCUCAACAAUAUUAUGCGCAUGACCGUCGGGAAGCGCUUCGGCUAUUCGUCGAUUCGCGGCGCGGCGAGCGCCACGCCGAAGGCGCUUCUCGACGCCGCGAUGCGCAUCGAUUGGAACGCGCGCAUCGCCGCUCAUUGCGGCGAGAAAUGCGGCGGCGAGAUUCGACGUGACGCCGCUGCUGACGCGGCCGCAGCUCCAGCUACCGGUUCUGACGCUUCGGCAGCGGCUGAAGUGGAAUGUCGUACUGCUAAGACUAACUUAUCAUCUCCAACGGAGGCGACGGAAGGAGAGGUGGCGUUUGCAAUAAUCGAAGAGGGUUUUGCACUUGCGGGGGCAUUCAAUCUCGCGGAUUACGUGCCGUGGCUGAGCUACUGGGACCCGCUGCGCAUGUACGCGCGCGCGCUGCGCCUCGCGCCGCAGCUGUUCGGGCUCAUGGGCGCGUGCAUCGCGGAGCGACGCCAACUCUUGCUGCAAAAGAAAUAUUCCGCAAACGAAGGCAACGUGACUUUGGAGGAAGAAACCACUCUUGUCGAUACGUUGUUCGAGAUUGAAGGGGAGGGGGGGGAUCAGAUGAAUCAAGACGAGAUGCUGAUGCUCGCGAUUGAUAUGAUGAUGGCUGGGACUGAUACAACCGCCAAGACCGUGGAAUGGGCGCUUGCUGAGCUGGCACAGCACCCUGACAUGCUGGAAAGGCUCCGUGCUGAGGUGGAUGAAGCUUAUGCCAGGUCAGCAAGGGCAGCCGCGGAAACUGGGGUGGCUGCAGCAGGCGGUUCUGAUCGUCCGGUCUCCCUUCCGGUUGCAGAAAUGCCAUAUCUGCAGGCUGUCAUAAAAGAAACACUUAGGCAUUACCCUGUGGCUCCGUUCCUAGUUCCCCACCUGACAACUGGCAGCGUAACUGUAGGUGGUUACCACAUCCCGCCCAACACCAUGAUUCAAAUCAACGGCUGGGCUCUCUCCCACAAUCCAACGGUCUGGAUCAACCCGCACAAAUUUGAUCCCUCCAGGUUCCUUGUUCCUGAAGCCCCUGACGUGACCGGGCAGAAUUUCAGCCUGCUGCCCUUCGGUUCGGGCAGGCGUGGGUGCCUGGGGACGAACCUGGGAUUGGACCUGUCUGCCCGCCUGCUGGCGAAUUUCGUUCGGCGGUUUGAUUUCAAGCUGCCCGAAGAUGUGAGGGCAGCUGGGGGGCUGGACAUGACAGAAAAUUUUGGGCUGACCAUGGCUCUGGCUAAACCGCUGAGAAUUGGGGUGAGGGAGAGAAAUGCAGUGGCAAGGGCGGUGGUUUCUGCUUCAGCAGCAUGA